AUGAACCACACCGUCGUUUCAAAUUCGGCCAAGAACGAUACGGACGGGCUAUACUACUGUGCAACGCCAAACCCAGACAUCUCUGGUUUAGGUGUCAUCAUCUCCUUCGCUUUUGCUGCAGUUCUUACGACUGGCGCGGCUGUUCAUGCGGCUGUCCUAGACGGGAUGGCCAACAAGGAGCACGUCGUCAUGCCCAAAUUCAUCGCCGACUGGCUUUCAAAAAACCGAAGGCCGGAGAGCAUACGCAAUCUUGAAUUUCAACGAGAACUUCUUGAUCGGCUAAUGAUUGCUCUCGCGGAUCAACAGUUGCUCACCGGCUUCGCCCUGCUGGUGAGCGCUUUUGUCCUAGCCGGCAAAGACGUCAACAACCUGGAGUCUUUUGAUAGCAAAAUCUCCUGGGCCCAGUGGGAUCUUGUCGUCCUUUUAAGCUGUCUCAGCUCCAGCUCUCACCUUGCCUGCGUCAUCACAUUGAAACACUAUUUUGUCAAAUAUCACACUUCCGCCUGGCUAAGGAUAAUUUUGAUCAUUCUGUUCGCAGUCCUUGUCGCGGCCAUUCUGGGAUUUAUACGACAAGGUCUUCAACUUUUCAACACAAAGGGUCCGGAAAUUUACAACCUACAAGGUCUUCUAUUACCUCUUUUACUAUGCCAUACCGCCAUUUUUUGUCAUCUACCCGUUCUGGAUAUCCGUCAUGCAACUAUCGCAGGAGAUACAGUCUAGAGUACACAACUUUCUCUGUCUCCAAUGGCUUCCGGAAAAGCUGAAGAAGCAUUUUCGAUGGAAGAGAUUCAGCAACUGGCUAGAAAAACACAAAAAAUGCGCCGGCCGGUGGUGCAUCGUACGUACGACAAAGAACAUCGCCAGGUUUCUCGUGUUCUCCAACAUGACAGGCGCCUUCUGCAUGCAGAUAACUUUCGCCGCGGUCUCAUUGUUCUUUGUACUCAUGCAGAAGUUCUAUCCCACAACCCACCGUAAGGACGGUUUCAUAACAUUCUGCAGUCUGAAUAACCCAGAAGAAAACGCGUGGGGAUUUGGGCAAAUGUUGGCCUUAUUCAUGCUUUGCC